GGCUGCUGGCUGGCGGUGGCUUUUCGACGCCAGGGCUGGUGGCGGCUGCUGCCGGCUCUUUCCUUUCUCUGCCCAGCGCACACCCCCCGCGCUCACGCUCGCGCUCUCUCCCACACCCCCUCCCUUCUCCUCUCAGUGCCUCACACGCACUUCACUUUUCCAGCCCAAGACCAGUCAGUCCUCGCCCUGAGUGACUUCCUUUUCGGGGAAACUGCGUGGAGACUUUUGCGAAGCCCUUCCAGAUACCCUUUCCAGGCAGGCUCCUUGCCUUUUUCUCCGCCGGCUGAGGCUGCGGCGUCCUCAGUCUCAGGGAAGACAGGGACUCUCUCGCUUGGGGGCUAAAGCCGUCAUGUGACCAGGUUGGGCUGCAGAGACCCCGCCGCUGCCGCUGCCGCCGCCUCCGCGCCAUGAGUGAGCUGGAGGCUGGGCAGCAUCCAAGCCGGCGCCAGGUAGAGUUCAGGCUGCUGCUCAAUCUCCUCUUCUGCCUGCUCCUGGUCUGCUGGACCAAAGAGAUCGCUGCUCUGGCAGACUUCUCAGGUUACCUAACCAAACUUCUGCAGAAUCACACUGCAUAUGCCUGCGAUGGUGAUCGUUUGAGUCUGCAGUGUCCUCGACAUUCAACCAUAAGUGUCCAAACUGCACAUUACGGCCAAGCUUACCAAUUGUGUAGUGAACAACAGUCAGAAGCCAUGAUGAAAGAGCCUCUAAACUGUGUGGCAUCUACUACUUUGCAGAAAGUUAUGGAUGAGUGCCAGGAUCUGAGAGCCUGCCAGCUCCUUGUCAAUAGUCGGGUUUUUGGACCUGAUCUUUGUCCAGGAAUCACUAAAUACCUCCUAGUCUCCUUUAAAUGCAAACCUACUGAAUAUAAAACCAGAUCAGUGUGUGAGAAUGAAGAACUGAAACUCCACUGUAAAGAGUCAAAACUCCUUAACAUCUACUCUGCCUCAUAUGGCAGGUCUGCGCAUGAGAAGGACAUCUGUUCUACAGAAAUGGGCCACCUCCCUCAGUUUGAUUGUUUUUCCUACUCUGCUUUAGAAGUAUUAUCUGAGAAGUGUUAUGGGAAACAGAGGUGUAAAAUUAUUGCUAACAACCAUAAUUUUGGAAAACCGUGCCUGCCUGGUGUGAAAAAAUAUCUCAAUGUCAGCUAUGUGUGUGUUCCCAAAUUCAUAUUUGCAGCAGUUGAUCCCAUGGUUAAUCUAAAUCCUUCUUGGAAGCCAAAAGAAGGUACAUAUUUUGAUCCAAGAGAAUCAAGAUUUCCAAAGAAAGAAGGAAUUAUAGUCAGCAACAGUUUGGCUAUGUUUGCUUACAUUAAAGAUCACCUUGAAAGAGCUGCUCUCUUCUUUGUGUCUAGUGUUUGCGUUGGCCUUGUGCUCACACUCUGUGCUCUGGUGAUACAUGUGUCAUGCUCUAAUGACUUGGAAAAACUGCAGAGGGCAAGAAAAUGCUUGAUACCAGAGGACAGCAAGGCUGAUGAAAGCAGCGAAGAGGAGGAAGAGGAGGAGGAGGAGGAAAGAGAGGAGUCUUCCAAUUCAGAUUUUCCUGAUGGACUAGCAGGGUUCUGCAGGACUUCCCAUUCAGCUUAUUGUUCAAUAGACCCAGCUGAACUUGCUGAAAGGAUAGAUCGGAGAGAACAAAUCAUCCAGGAAAUCUGGAUGAACAGUGGGUUGGAUGCCUCUCCUACCAGAAGCCUCAGCCCAUUUUAUAUCAAUGAACAGCAAUGUAUUUGUUUUGGAUAACAUAAGCUAUUUUUGUAAAGAAAAGAAAAGAAAAUGUACCUUCUGUGAAGGAACAUUUGCAGCUCUAUGUAAUAAUUAUU